GGAGGGUAGGGUAUAGGGUUUUCUCUAUUUGAGGGGGAGAAUGAGGAGGAUUGCGAUAAGCAAAACGAUGUGGAACAUAGUCAUCAUAGCGACGAGGAGAACGACAAAGGGAGACCAUAAUGAUAGGGAACAUGAAGGUCCCCAUGGCCAUCGCCAUCACCAUCGCCAUCGCCACGUUUAUCGUCAUCAUCAUCCAGGUCGUCGCUUUCAUCGGCAUCACCAUAAUGAUGCGACCAUCACCGUGAUUAUGAUGAUGGUCGCCAUCGCCAUCGCCAUCGCCAUGGUGAUUACGAUGAUGAUAAUGAUGGCGAUUGUGAAUCAAAAUGACCUUAAUGACCUUAAUCAACAAGGCAACUUGGACCGUGAUUACAGCGACGACGACCUUAAUCAUUAUGAUGAUCAUAAGGAUGCUGCUGAUGAUGAUGACGAUGAUGAUAAUGAUGGCGAUGGCGAUGGCGAUGGCAAUGGCGAUGGCGAUGGCGAUGGCGAUGAUAAGCUGAGAACGGUGAUGAUAAUACGGGAGGAUGACAGCGAUGAUAAGAACGACGAUGAUAAGAGUGAUGAUAAUAGUGAUGGUGAUGGUGAUGAUGAUGGUGAUGAUUACGUGAUGAUGAUGGUGAUGGUGAUGGUGAUGGUGAUGGUGAUGGUGAUGUGAUGAUGGUGGUGGUGAUGAUGAUGAUGGUGAUGAUGAUGAUGAUGGUGAUGGUGAUGGUGAUGGUGAUGAUAAGAUGAUGAAGACAAUGAUGAGAUGAUGAGAUGUCGACUAUGCACAACGAUGGCGAUCAGGAUAACAUUGCAGGCGAUUGAGGCAACGGCAUGUUCGAUGACAAUUAAGGAGAGUGUGGUUUUCGGUAUAAGGGGCAAGGGAGGAGGAAGAGGAGGCGAAGGGAUAAGUUGGGGGGAGGGAAGGCGGAGAGAGCAUAUCGGCUUUUUUUUUUUUUUUUACUAUAGGCUGGUUUCUUCCCUCAAUGCCCCCCAACAUAGAGACGCAGGCUUAAGUCACGGAACGU